UCAAGAUCGUCGACGUUUUAUGAACGUUGUUUUGGUCUGUUCUGUUCGCCCUCUGGGUUUAAUGGAUAUGAGAGAAAUAGACUGAUACAUUGAUUUCUACGGUUUGAUACAGAUACCGGUCUCAUUUGAGUCUUGCAAACAGCCUUUUAUAAGCGGAAUUCUGACGCUAUUGACGAAAUUGAAUUAUUCAAUUUCUUGAACGUGCACCCUGGUAACGUUUCACGGAAGUGUAACGCAAAAAAAGGAAAUCCACGGAAAUUGAUUGAAGAUAGCCAGCUGACUAGCUAGCAUAUAGCUAACGUUAGUUUUGGAAAGUGAAACUAUUUUCCAGGAGAAAGUAGUGCCUACCAGUGAUGUAAUGUAAGUUAGGUGAGUUAGCUAUUUAGACAGUAAUUCAUAGAAAAGCAACGUAACUAGCGUUACCCUGAGCUGCUCAAUCACUGAGACCGAGAGCUCUAGGCUAACUAGCUAACGUUAGAUGGCGCAGCCGUCGAGAAACGACGUUACCAGAUAUUAGAUAGCCUACGACGUUACCAUAUUUUUAUGUUAGGCAUGCGUGCGAUUGAUAUAAACUACAACAAGGGGUUCCCCCUGCUUUUUGGCGCUUCACACUGCUGACUUUGUCUGGUUCGAUAGGCAAGUUAGCUAUCUACCUUGGAUAGCAUGAGUAACUUGAAUCUCGCAUACAGUAAUCCAAGUAAAACGAUGGCAUCUCAAGGCACGUGUCUCAGUGGGACAGGUGUCUUUUACCAAGCGAUGCCAGCUGUGGGAAGUGAUGGGAGAAAUGUUAUGAAACUAAUCCCUGUUCAAAAAGUCAACGGACAGUUUGUUCGAUCACCAACAAGCACUAUGAAGGAUAUUGCUGAACCUCAACGAGAUCUUACCUUGGACGUGCCAUCAAUUUCGAAGAUUAACAUGUCUACUUUGGGACCCACAGCUAAAGGACAAUCUGUGAAUAAAAGGCAAUUUUACAUGAGUACCUCUCCAAAUCCAACCAAUCUGACAGGAAUAUAUCAUUCAGUGAGCAUCCAGACUCCUAUAGUAACAACAAAAGUAGCCCAAAGUGCGGUAUCCUUGACAUCACCUGAGCUAACACUUUUGAAUAAGGAACAGCUGCCAGUCACUGUGAAAUCUCCAGCGCUUCCAAAUGGACAAUACCUUCAAAUUCCCCCUAAUGCUCAAGUGAAAACCCUUCCAGCAUCCGCACUCCCCCCAGCCAUAAAGAGACAGAUAUUUACUUCAUCAACGAGCUGUGCCUCAAAUUCAAAUUUGCCAAUGGUUCUUUAUGUGUCCCCUGUCCAAACCAUGAAACCAGGUGGUACUCCAUUAUGUCCAACAUCUCAGAAGACAGCCCUCUCCCUCAGCCGACUUCCAAGGUCAUCUGGCCAGACACUUUCUACAUGCUCUUCGACAGGCUCAACACCGUGUUCUACUACUGCUAAGGAUGGCAAAAGACCGGUCACUCCUAUUAAGUGGGUGAUUGAGGAGGCGGAUGGCUCACCUGCUCCAUGCCUUGUUCCUGUGAAUUCCUCUUCUAUGACCUCAGAUAUUCUGAAAACUCUGGCAGAGAUGGAAAAAGGCACCAAAACCUGUGAAAACACAGCAAAAAAGUGUUCACCUUCCCAAGAGAGUCAGACAAAAAUUGGCCAAGAGAAGGACAAUGCCUUAGUGAUGUACAAUGGGAAGGUGUAUUUUGUAGCCAAGAAAACCCCUGAGCUUUGUAACCGACCAUCAAAGCCCUUGGAGGCCAGUAGGAACAUGGGUGACUCCACCACACAGGCAGCAGAAAGUGUUGGAUUCAAUCAGAGAAUCAGCUUACCGCCCUCCCUACCCUUAAGCGCCUCAUUUGGAUCACAAUUGUCAAAUAAAACCAGACCAGAUCCUAAACACAUUGUUAUACCAGAUGACAUCAUUGACCUCUGUGACGAUGAUCCACAGGAUGACCUUACAUGCCAGGCAAUAUCAACAAGGGGCGUAACAAGGCAACCUGAAGUCGAUGAGGACGAAGACUCCAAUGUAAUAUUUGUCUCAUACCUUCCACCCAAAACGGUGUCUAAAGUAGUUGAAGGAGACAAAGAAAUGGCUUAUAUGCUGAAUGACUUGGAAGCUGAACAAGAAAUGUUAUGCAGUCAAGAUCAUUUGAAUGGCCAGGUAGUGGAUAGUCAGAAGAAAGUAUCUGGCCUGUCAAUAGAAAAGUGUCAGAGCAUUGCCACUGCCCAAGACAUGGCAGGCUUUCAAGGUAGUGCAACAGGCCUAGAGUUGAACUCCCGUCAGCAAAACAUCACUGGUCAGUAUAGGAAAAUACUGCAAAGAUUUCAUGGCCGUGCAACUGGAAUCCGAAUAGAGAACAUUCAGGGUAAUGCCACUAGCAAGGAAAUGGGAAGCAGUCGUCCCAGUGCUUCAACCCAAGAAAUGGGGAGCGUCCAGGAUGAUGCCACUGACCAGGGGAUUGGAAACAGUCAGCACCAUGCCGCCACGCAAGAAAUGGACAACAUUCCUGGAAGUACCUCUCUCCAAACAGAAAUGGAGACUCACAAAGAAAAGAGCUCAUCAGAUCCCAUCCCUGAGCAGCGGACUUCUGUGUUGGACAUGAAAUCCUUGGAAACUUGUGAUCGCCUGCUGAAACAGAUGUUUGGGAUCACAUCUGAUGUGAAAAUAUGUUUGGAGAGGGUUGAUGCUAAACCCAAGGCUAUCCCUAAAGUGUUUCCUCGGAUUGGGACCACAAACAAACGUACCAUAGAGGCUAUUCGCAAAUUGUUACAGGGAUCAAACAUUUUGGUAAAAAGGAGGGAACACGAGGUCUCUGCAACUAGGAAUGAUGAUAGUUGCCCAAUAGAUGCUAAAAGACUGAAAAUAGGAAAAGUUGAAAAUGCAUCUGAAAGUUCAGAAAACACAGAGCCCCUCACCAGUCCAACUCCUCAGCUGGAAAUGCAGCCCCUCACCAGUCCAACUCCUCAGCUGGAAAUGCAGCCCCUCACCAGUCCAACUCCUCAGCUGGAAAUGCAGCCCCUCACCAGUCCAACUCCUCAGCUGGAAAUGCAGCCCCUUACCAGUCCAACUCCUCAGCUGGAAAUGCAGCCCCUUACCAGUCCUACUCCUCAGUUGGAAAUGCAGCCCCUCACCAGUCUUACUCCUCAGUUGGAAAUGCAGCCCCUCACCAGUCCAAGUCCUCAGUUGAAAAUGCAGCCCCUCACCAGUCUUACUCCUCAGUUGGAAAUGCAGCCCCUCACCAGUCCAAGUCCUCAGUUGAAAAUGCAGCCCCUCACCAGUCUUACUCCUCAGUUGGAAAUGCAGCCACUCACCAGUCCAAGUCCUCAGUUGAAAAUGCAGCCCCUCACCAGUCUUACUCCUCAGUUGGAAAUGCAGCCCCUCACCAGUCCAAGUCCUCAGUUGAAAAUGCAGCCCCUCACCAGUCCAACUCCUCAGCUGGAAAUGUUAUCUGAUGCUGAACACAUAUUUGGGUAUGAGGAACCGACUGUCAAUUAUUUAAUUUCCACCGAAAUUGAAACAGGGGUCCCUUCUAAACCUCUGCCAGAUCUCAAUCCAGUACAUAUUUCAAAAAGAAGCUCAAAGUCACCCGUUCCAUCUGUCCACCCACAAACAAACACUGAAGCUAUGGAUUGCGCUCCUGGGCACUUAUGUGGCACAGCAAGCAACAUAAAGCCUAACUCUAGAAAAAGAAGGGGAAAAGGGAGAAGAUGCACUGCGUGUCCAUGUGGGGUGACUGGAACACUAGUACAAGACAAAGCAAUGAGCUCAUCAUCCACUUCACAAGAGGGGCCUAGUUCAUCUAAACCACCGAACACCAGGACCUCAGAUGGCAGUACCUGUGCAAUUGCAAUAUCAGCUAAACAAAAGCGUAGAAAGUCCACAAAGGCUCAAAUGGAAGAUAAAGAGCAAACAUCUGUGGAGAUCCAAUGUCCUUCAAAUGUGAGUGAGAAGGGAAGUAGUACAGCUGGAGAGAUCCCAACCAGUUAUCUCUGCUCUACAGCACCCAUGGACCCUGAAGAAAUCAAGCGUCAUGAGAGAAUCAAACGACUGAAAGAACUCUUGAAGGAGAAGGAGGCUGCUCUUGCAAUGAUUAGAAAGAACAUGGGCUGAGUUAGACUGAAUCGCUUUCCAAAUUCCAAUGUGUUGCAUAAGUUCAGCCUUGUAGAACUCUUAUUUUAAUUGUCAUAUUUACAGUGCAUUCGGAAAGUAUUCAGACCCGUUGACUUUUUCCACAUUUUGUUACGUUAC